CGCAUGGCUCAUCUUUGAGUUGUGUUGUGUGCUUCUCCUUUAGGAAGAGCUUUAUAUUCGCAAUCUGCCUCUUAGAGUAAACUCGUUGUGGGGGUAGAGUUUUGACACAGACGCCAAGGUUUCUCUCCCACGUCAGCCCAGGGAGCAAACGGUGCAGAGCAGGACCUUCUGGUACAUUCUGGUCAAAAGUGUCCUUUCGUUUGUUUGUUUUUUCACUUCUGUACAUUAUUUUCAUGUUUUUUCUUCAAGCGUUAUUAUAAAAUUAACAAUAUACCCUUCCUCUUGGCCAGGAAGUUCAGAGCUAGUUCUCAGGCCCAGCUCUUAAAUUUGUGGAAAACUUUAUGUUUCUGAAACUAAUCUCCUCCUCCAUCCCCCACAUCCUAGUUUUGACUUCCUAUUCUGAUUUAUAUCCAAUUCCAAUUUAAUUUUCUUUUAUUUCAUAUUUCUAUUUUCCCAUAUGUAUUUCUUAUCUACUGCCUCAAAUCCUUUGUGAGAUGAGGCAGGGUUGCAUCAGUUAGGACACAGAAGUAUCAUGGUCAAGGAAGAUGGAAUUUGUUUUCCCUCUCACGGCGCAGUCCAGAGGUUUGACGGGGAUGAGCUCACCACCGAUGAAAGGAUACGGACCCUGGCUCAGAGGUGGCAGCCCAGCAGGAGUCUGAGACUGGACGAGCAGAGCGCCAAAGCUGUGGAUACAGACAUGAUUAUCUUACCAUGCUUGUCCCGGCCCGCAUGCUGUGACCAGGCCACCACGGAGUCAAACCCCGUGACCCAGAAGCUGAUCUCCAGCACGGAGAGUGAACUGCAGCAGAGCUACGCCAAGCAGCGGCGCAGCAAGAGCGCCGCCCUCCUGCACAAAGAGCUCAACUGCAAGAGCAAGAGGGCCGUGCGGGAGUACCUCUUCCGCGUGAAUGAGGCCACAGCAGUCCUGUACGCCCGCCACGUGCUCGCAUCCUUGCUCGCUGAGUGGCCGGGGCACGUGCCGGUGAGCGAGGACAUCCUGGAGCUGAGCGGCCCUGCCCACAUGACCUACAUUCUGGAUAUGUUCAUGCAGCUGGAAGAAAAGCACCAGUGGGAGAAGAUACUGCAGAAGGUGCUCCGGGGCUGCCGAGAGAGCAUGCUAGGCACCAUGGCCCUGGCGGCCUGCCAGUUCAUGGAGGAGCCAGGAAUGGAGGUGCAAGUGAGGGAGUCGAAACACCCGUAUAACAACAACACCAACUUUGAGGAUAAAGUUCAUAUUCCUGGUGCAAUCUACCUCUCAAUCAAAUUCGAUCCUCAGUGCAAUACGGAGGAAGGCUGUGACGAGCUAGCCAUGUCCAGCAGCAGUGACUUUCAGCAGGAUCGACACAACUUCAGUGGGUCUCAACAGAAAUGGAAAGAUUUUGAGCUUCCAGGAGAUACUCUGUAUUACCGCUUCACCUCUGACAUGAGCAACACCGAGUGGGGCUACAAAUUCACUGUGACGGCUGGGCACCUGGGGCGAUUCCAGACAGGAUUCGAGAUUUUGAAGCAGAUGCUGUCAGAGGAAAGAGUUGUGCCGCACCUCCCGCUGGCCAAAAUUUGGGAAUGGCUGGUGGGCGUAGCCUGUCGCCAGACUGGUCAUCAGCGGUUAAAAGCCAUCCACCUACUCCUGAGGAUCGUGCGAUGCUGCACCCACAGCGACCUCUGUGACCUCAUGCUGUUGAAGCCCCUUUGGCAGCUCUUCACCCAAAUGGAGUACAGCCUGUUUGAGGACGUGACACAGCCUGGCAUCCUGCUGCCCCUGCAUCGCGCCCUCACCGAGCUCUUCUUUGUCACUGAGAACCGCGCCCAGGAGCUCGGCCUGCUGCAGGAUUACCUGCUGGCCUUAACCACCGACGACCACCUUCUGCGCUGCGCGGCGCAGGCUCUGCAGAAUAUUGCUGCUAUCAGCCUGGCCAUCAACUACCCAAACAAGGCCACCCGCCUCUGGAAUGUUGAUUGUUAGCCCUUGGUAUGGUGUGCAUGGAAGUAGCUAAUCUGUCCACAAGGAUCUUAGAGCAGAUGCCUAAACUCAUUCGGGAAGAUUCCUGUGGCGUCGGUGCCUGGCGCUCCUUGAGCUCCCCCUUCCACCCCAACUAGAAUGUCAAGCUGCCGCGUCUCCGAGAACUUCCCGUGUCACAGGCCAGGCACCUGCACGUACCAUAGCAUGUGAGAAUAAGCAGACCAGUGCAAAAUUAUUCAGAAAGGGCAGGCAGCAGGCCCUUGAGAAGGUUGUUCAGAGGCCAGCCUCCUCCAGGGUCUGUCCCUGCAGAAGCCGCAGCCCCAAGAAGACCUGGCUGCAGCCGCUCUGGAAAGGGCUCUGUCUCCGUUGAGCUGGAACUGCCUGCACUUGACCUUCAGGGGAAGACAGGGUCUGCCCUGGGCCACCUUUCUCAGCAGGACCUCCAGCAGCAGCCUGGGAGCUCCUCUUUUGCUUUUGCUUCUUGAGACUGGGUCAUCCAAACCAAAACCAGUGAGAGCGCCUUGGGGCUGCCACCUGGUCCCCACCAUUCAGUACGGAACCCACUGCCGCACUGGCCCCCUGCAUAGCCUCGGCCGUCCCGGAGAAAUCCUUGGAGAGAACAAGUGCCCUUGGGAACAGCCAGCAGGCCGCCGUGCACGUCCGCCCGUGCACUGCUCCCAGCACAGCUGUGUUGUUUUAGUUGUUUUAACAUAUUUCAGUUCCCACCUCAUGUUCUUAGAAAGAACCACACCAACUCCCUGGAGAGAGACUCGGGGGCAUGACCAGUGGAUCGGUCAUUCAGGGGGACAAACUGGUUUGUGUGAAAGUAGCAGAACUUGAAGAAUACUCUUUAGCUUCUGUACCUAAAGACUUGAAGUGUAAUCAGAGGAUAUCUUACCUUAGAAGUAAAAA